AUAAUAAUUUCUGCGAUGGAUCAGUUAUUAAACUCGUAUAUCGUUAGAGAAAAUAUAUACUUUGUUAGGCCCCUAGUCCCUACCGAAUGGUGUGUUAGUAUUUGGUCUGUAGCGUCACAGAGUACAAAGGUACUCUGAAUUCUGAUAUACAAACUACAAAGGUAUACCUAUUAUACUAGUAAGUUUGUAGCGUGGUUAAGCAUAGCUUAGCUAUUAACUACUUAUUAAAGUGCUCUGUGGUUUACACUUUACUCAUUGCUGUUUUAUUUAUGAAUUGUUUACUUCUACAAUUUACGUACAAAUUCCAAAAAAUAAAUUAUGACUUAUUGAACCAAAUGAAUAUUCUUUUAAUGAAAUCGGAGUAAUGUAACUAGAUUUAUUGCUAGUAGGUAUAAUUUUUAGAAUUUUAAUUAUAAACCACCUAACCUAUUGUUAGCAAACUUUAAAACUUAACAUAAUAGGUAUCUCUAUUAAGAAGCUAGAUGUCAGAUAAAGUAGAAUUGAAAACAUUAAUUAUAAUAAAGUGUAAACAACAAGUAGUACGUGCGGUACGAUUUAAUGUUGACGGAACAUACUGUCUUACUUGUGGUGGAGAUAAAAAAAUUAAAUUAUGGAACCCUCACAAACAAUUGCUAUUGAAAACAUACGGAGGUCAUGCCAACGAAGUCCUUGAUGCUGCGGGAUCAUGCGACAGCAGUCAAAUAAUUUCCUCCAGUGCAGAUAAAUCAAUCAUCUUAUGGGAUGUUACAACCGGACAACCUUUACGUCGGUACAGAGCGCACGCAGGUUCCGUUACUUGUGUCAAAUUCAAUGAAGAAUCAACAAUGGCUGUUUCGGGAUCCAUAGACAAUACUGUUGCUUUUUGGGAUGUAUUGAGUCGAAGGCAGGAGCCUGUUCAGAUUUUAAAGGAUGCUAAAGAUACUAUAACUUCCAUACAGGUUACAGACCAUGAAGUAAUAAGUACAUCAGUGGAUUGUCACACUAGGCUAUAUGAUAUUCGGGUUGGCAAGAUGGUGUCUGACUACAUAGGAUCAAUUAUUACUCAUGGAAGCUUAACACAUGAUGGUCAAUGCUAUGUGUUAAGUUGUUCCGAUAGUACAGUAAAGUUAUUUGAUAAAGAUUCAGGGGAGCUGUUAAAUACUUUCCGAGGGCAUGAAAGCAGUGACUAUAUGCUGGAAAAUGCAAUUAAUGAGAAAGAUAGUCACAUUAUAUCAGGUUCGUCAUCAGGGGACAUAUUUUAUUGGGAUUUAAUAUCUAGUGCUAUAACCCAAAAGUUGACUCAUACAAGAAAUAAAGCAGUUGUAUCACUCACUCACCAUCCUACAGAAAACUAUUUAAUAACAGCAUGUGAAGAUGAAAUUAAAUUAUGGGGUGCUGAAACAGCGGAAGAACAAUCUAUUUUACUGUGAAUAGUAACUUUUUGGUAUAUCUUAUUUAAAUAUAAGAAAAAUUGGUUAAAAUAUGA